AUGGAGCAGAUGCUUUUCAACCUCGACCGAGCCCCGACUCGCGGCUCGACUUCAAUCCUGUAUACUGCAAUACCGAGCAGCCCAAUGGACCGACGUGGCUCUGGCCCCCGACUCCUGGGCGAAGCAUCAGCCCUCGUUGGCAGCAUCACUGCUCGUUCUAACAUGCCCUUGGACAUUGUCGUCGUGGGCGCCGGCAUUGGUGGACUUGCCACCGCACUCGCCCUUCGCCGUUGCGGCCACAGAGUCGUCGUUCUUGAGCGAGCGGUCGGCAAGACUGAAGAUGGAUAUGCUCUGAGCUCGACGCCCAACGCUUCCAAAAUCCUUCAAAGACUGGGCAUCGACCUCUCAAAUGUAGGCUUCACGCCAUGGCUGGGCAUCGACGGCUAUGUGGGAGACGUCGAUGCCACGACACCAGCCUGGAGAACAUUAUGGGUUCCGCCGCCAGCAACGAUUGAGGAUCGCUACGGAGCCCCCAGCGGCUUUAUCCAUCGAGCCGAUCUGCACCGAGCCCUGUGGGAUCUGGCAAUCUCGACUGAGGGAACAGGCGUGCCAGUCAAGAUCGUCGAGGGUGUCACAGUGACCUCAUUCAACGCAGUUGCGCCCAGCGUGUCGACGGCCGCUGGCCAGGUGCAUACGCCGGACCUGGUCAUCGCCGCAGAUGGUGUUCGAUCGAUAGCUCAUGCUGCAGUUGUGGGAGAAGAGCGGCCAGCAGAGAUGCCAGAGGCAGCCAGCAUUCGAUUUGUCCUUGCAUCCAAGGACCUGCAACAAUACCCAGCCUGCAUGAAAAUGGUCCUAGAGAGCCCGUGGCGGAUGAGCCACUUUUCAGGUCAGGACAAGUCAGUGGGCCUCUUUCGCUCGGCCUGCCGAAAUGAUGAGAUUCAGAACUUUGGCGUCUACGUGUACCGCCAUGUCGACGAGGCCAAGAUUUGGACAAAGGCAGAGAUUCGUCAGCUGGCGCUCCAGUGUCUCGAGUCCUACAAAGAGCCCAUCCCACAAUUAAUUCGAGCAGCCCCUGAAGAUUCGUUUUACCUACGCAGGAUAGCUCAUCGCGAACCGCUACCCCAAUUCUACAAGGACAGACUUGUUCUUGUUGGGGACGCUUGCCAUCCCAUGAUGCCCUCGUUUGGCCAGGGAGCUACCAGCGCUAUCGAGGAUGCAGCGGUCUUGGGCGUAGUGUUGAGGAACGUCCAUCGACCUCAGCAGAUUGCAUCCCGCUUAGAGAUUUGGGAGAAGUUACGCAAGCCGAGAGCCAGCGCCAUGGUCUAUCUGUCCCGCCGCGACUCUACUGCUUUCGACGUUUCACCGCAGCUACAGACUGCCAUGAGAAGAUUCCUGCCCCCAGAUCAGUUACCCGAAUUCAGUCCGUCCGCCAUCGUAGAUUGGAUAUGGGCAUAUGACUGUAUAGAAGUGGCAGAGCAAGCAAUGAAGGGACGAUGGGAAGAUUCCUGA